AUGGAGAAGUUCACAGUGGAUUUGGAUAAAGUUCUCGAUGAAUUUGAAUUUAAUGAAGAACAAGCAGUACGACAUGCAUUGCAACAUUUUAAAAGAGAAGACCUUCCAGCGACGAAAUACCAAAAGCCACAUUUUAAACCAAUCAAAAUUGCCGAUGCAGAUUUUGGUCUCUGUCUUGAAACAACAAUGUCAUAUCCUACCUAUAAUAAUUUAGUGGAAACUAAUAAUGAAUCUGAAAACUGUGAAGUCAAAGAAUCAAUUAAUCCUGUUCUUGUUGAUUUUAAUAACACAACUAUUGUAAAUAAUUGUAACAGUGACAAAAUUGAUUAUUGUGUGUGUAAUAAUUCUGUACAAGAAGAAAAUGAAGUAUUAAAUUUAGAAUUACCUAAAACUGAAGUUAGCGAUUCACAAGAUGUUAAAGCAGAAAGCCCAGUUAAGAUUCACAAUAAUUCAAAUAACAGUUUCGAUAAUGUUUUACACAACAAUGUUGAAAAAACAAAUAUUGUAAAUAAAAUUCAGAAAAUUGAAGAAAACGAUAAAAUAUUGGAAAAAGAAGAAAAUGUUAAUUUAAGCAAUGUAUCAGUUUUGAAAAGUGAAUCAAAAGAUCUUAUUAAUAGUAAAAUAGAAAUACAAGAAGAAAGUGAUAAAACAUCUUUCGAUAAUCAAGAAUUGGAAAGUAGUGAAUCUGAUGUGACGGAAAAUGAAUCAAGUAAUUUAAGUACUACUUCGAGUAGUCAAUCAGAAAAAGAUGAAGUUGUAUCAGAAGUACAGUGUCCAACUGAAAUUAGUCAAAGUAAAUCGAAUGAUGUCAAAACUGAAAAUGUCGAAGAAUGUGAGAACAUAAACGAUAAUGAAACAAAAAUUGAAGAAAAAAAAGAAUCUCAACCAAGAUCUGAAUCGACUAAAAAUUUCAUAGUUGAACAAGAACAAUCAAUUAAUAAAAAAACAACAACUGAAUCUGAGUUACCAGAUACACAAAAUGUUAUUAUUGAUAAAUUGUAG